AAUUUUCUCUCCACUUUCGAAGAUCUGGGGAAAAUGGGAUGUACACCAAAGGUGAUCGACGGUAUUGAGUACGAUGUCGCGACGGACGAAGAUGCGCAAGAAAUCGCAGAACUUUUUAUCAGCGACUUCUGUCUCACCGAGCCACUGAACAAAGCAUUGAAGGUGAAACCGUUUGAAGCUCGGCCUCCGGUGGAAUUUGGAGUGAAGCAUUUGAUCAAAGAUGGACUAAGCGUGAAGGCAACAGAUUUAUCAACUGGAAAAAUUGUUGCUGGUCGUUUGUCAAUGGUUGUUGAUCCUGCCAAAAAGGACGAAGAUGCAGCAAUGAUGGAGGAGAUUUUUCGCAUUGUCCCAGAGCGUCUUCAUCCCCUUGUCAACUUUGUAACUGAAGUUGCCAGCGCAGAAAUGCCAGACGUAUUUGAAAAAUUUGGAGUUGACAAGUACGUCGAAUUUUUGGCUGUGAACGUGAACGUCGACUACAGGGGCAAGAGAAUUGCACAAAACAUCCUAAACAUUGCCUAUGACGUCUGCCGUCACAAUGGAUUCGAUGUUGUUAAAGUUCUGGCAACAAAUCCAAGAACUGCACACAUCUUCAAGAAACAAGGAUUCGAACAAGUCGCGAGUUACAAGGUUCUGGACUACAUCCAUGAGGAAAAAUCUUACUUCGAAGGCAUCGAAGAACUUGAAUUUGCAAAUACUUUCCUGAGAGACCUGCGAGCUGUUGAAUGAGUCAUUCAGGACAUCGAAUUACUGUAUAUACUGUAUUUCAGCAGCAAUAAGAUGGUUACAAGCAUUUGAUAAAGCUGGGGAACGUUGAGCGGUCUUCCGGGUCAAGAUUGGAUAUGAAUUUUUACGAGCGUCAUCUAUGUUUUCAAAUAUGGCAUUGAUGCUUUGUUCUUCACUUUGGACGGCAGAUGUCAUGAAAUGCACAACCUGGUAGCUCAAUCACGCAUCGCUUA